CCGCCGCCGCCUGCAGCAGCCACCCUCUCCCCAAACUGACCCAGAGACCGAGAAAGUGAAACCCCCAAGCCCAUAAUCCGUAGUCACCUAGGCUCUGCGGCGCCCAGCCCCACCGGGGAGCAGCCUCAGACCCCGGCGCCGGCGAGGUGACACCGAAGCUUCGCCCGCGGAGACGAGCCGCCGGCCAUGGGCUUCGGCGUUCCGCUACGCGCAUGCGCGGCCUUGGGUCUCCCGGGGACGGCUCGGGUCACCUGGGCGCCAGCACCGCAGCCACCUGACGCGACGGGUGCCCUCCCGUCCUUCCGUAGCCGCGCGGGCCCUCACCUCCGGCCCUCUGCCGCCACCCGCGGCGACCCCGUCUAGGCCCCGGCGCCGCGAGCCGGCUCAGCGCCGCGCUCGCAGCCUUCCACCAGCCGCGGCGCCCCGCUUCCGCUUCCGGCGAGUAUUUCAAAUAAUGGCCGAGACAAGUCUGAUAGAGGCUGGAGCCUCUGCAGCCUCCACGGCUGCCGCCCUGGAGAACCUGCAAGUGGAGGCAAGUUGUUCUGUGUGCCUGGAGUAUCUGAAGGAGCCAGUUAUCAUCGAAUGUGGGCACAACUUCUGCAAAGCCUGCAUUACCCGCUGGUGGGAGGACCUAGAGCGGGACUUUCCUUGCCCGGUCUGUCGGAAGACAUCACGAUACCGAAGCCUCCGGCCCAAUCGACAACUGGGCAGCAUGGUGGAAAUCGCCAAGCAGCUCCAGGCCGUCAAGCGGAAGAUCAGGGAUGAGAGCCUCUGCUCCCAGCACCAUGAGGCCCUGAGCCUCUUCUGCAAUGAAGACCAGGAGGCUGUCUGUUUGAUAUGUGCCAUUUCCCAUACCCACCGGGCCCAUACCGUGGUGCCAUUGGAUGACGCUACACAGGAGUAUAAGGAGAAACUGCAGAAGUGCCUGGAGCCCCUGGAACAGAAGCUGCAGGAGAUCACUUCCUGCAAAACCUCCGAAGAAAAGAAACCGGGGGAGCUCAAGAGACUAGUGGAGAGCCGCAGACAGCAAAUCCUAAAGGAAUUUGAAGAACUCCACAGGAGGCUGGAUGAAGAACAGCAGGCACUCUUUUCCCAACUGGAAGAAGAAGAGCAGGACAUUCUACAGAGACUUCGAGAAAAUGCUGCUCACCUUGGGGGCAAGCGUCGGGACGUGGCCCACUUAGCUGCUGAGGUGGAGGGCAAGUGCUUACAGUCGGGCUUCGAGAUGCUUAAGGAUGUGAAAAGUACCCUGGAAAAAUGUGAGAAGGUGAAGACCAUGGAGGUGACUUCAGUAUCUAUAGAGCUGGAAAAGAACUUCAGCAGUUUCCCCCGGCAGUACUUUGCCCUAAGGAAAAUCCUUAAGCAGCUAAUUGCGGAUGUGACCCUGGACCCUGAGACAGCGCAUCCUAACCUCGUCCUGUCAGAGGAUCGGAAGAGUGUCAAGUUUGUGGAGACAAGACUCCGAGACCUCCCUGACACGCCCCAGCGUUUCACUUUCUACCCUUGUGUCUUGGCUACUGAAGGCUUCACCUCUGGUCGACACUACUGGGAGGUGGAGGUGGGCGACAAGACCCACUGGGCAGUGGGAGUGUGCCGGGACUCUGUGAGCAGAAAGGGCGAACUGACUCCACUCCCCGAGACCGGCUACUGGCGCAUCCGGCUGUGGAACGGGGACAAGUACGCAGCCACCACCACACCUUUCACCCCUUUGCACAUCAAGGUGAAACCUAAGCGGGUGGGCAUCUUCCUAGACUAUGAGGCUGGCACACUGUCUUUCUACAACGUGACAGACCGCUCGCACAUCUUCACCUUCACUGAUACUUUUACUGAAAAACUCUGGCCCCUCUUCUACCCAGGGAUCCGGGCUGGUCGGAAGAAUGCUGCACCUCUUACCAUCAGGCCCCCGACAGACUGGGAGUGACAGGAGACGGAGCGUAGUUGGGGUGAGGCAGGGUCAAGAGUGAUGGUCUUCCUUACUGUGACCUGCUGGAAUGUCUUGACGUGUACGUGGUUCCAGUCCUGAGCCAUCUUGAGAAACCACCUGGUCUCUGGGAUGGUUUGUGUGAAGACAGGACUGGGCUGCGUGGCAGAGCACAGAGGAGUGUCCCUACUUACUGUAGCGGGAGAACAGGCUCCCAGGGGAUCGUAAUCCGUGUCCAGCGGGUUUCUUGUUGCACAAGGACAGGGUGGGAAAGAAAAGGCUUUCUAGAAACAGAAAGUCUAUAUGAAAGGGUCUUAACUUGCUUAGAAUGCAGGAAACAGAAACCUUUAAAAGGCUUCUGUGAUUCAGAGUAGCCUUGUUCCUUGUGGGAGCGCAUAGGGAUCUGUAUACCUCUGUGUCGGAAAGAUGACUGACAAUUGCUGUCAUCAGUCUAGAAGAUGAGUGACUUUUGAGGGCAGAGAUUGGACAUUAAAGUUAGGAGGAGGAUCAGGAAAGAGGCUAAAGGGAUAUUUCUAGAAAUGAUUGAAGGAGAUUGGGAUUUCUUUUGUUUUCUCUUCUUAGGUUAAUGUUACCAUUACCCAUAGGUUUAGCCAGAGGUUGGAAUUUGGGGAGAAAGAUAAGGUGGGCAGAAAGGAGAACCAGGUCUCAACCCUGGUUAUUCCUGUUCCCGCAGUUGGUUGUCUCCAAGAAGUAGGCUCACCUUUCUCCCUUCUGGAGGUGAGAUGGAAACGGCCCUGCGGGACACACGCUUACCCUUGCACUGUUUUCCCAAGGGAACGUGGAGAGGAGUCAGAUAUUAGAGGAAAGAGAACGGUCUAUCCAAAGCCCUGGCCUUAAAGAAUGUUAAAAGUAGUUAUUCCCAAGUUGUUUGCCUUGUCCACUGGCUCAGGUGUCCGAGCCAGAAGGAAGAACAGUCAUGGAGUCUUUCUCACCCCGCGAGAACAGGGUAGAAGAGGGUGGUUUGUGUAGCAAAGGGUCAGAUAGACAGCUUCGCUUCUGUUGCUGUCCUUCACCCUUUGACGUUCCCUCGUUCAGAGAAUGGAAACCAUUUUAAGUUAGGCCAAAAUAAAAGCCAAUAGGGUACAUAUGUUGUCACAAAAGGUAAUGUGAUGCAUGCCAAACCAAACAACCUGGGUUUUCUGCUGCUUGGGUAUCUUUGUAGAAGACAGACGAGAAGCUGCAUUGGGGGCCUUCGGUUCUCCUCCCACCUCAACAGGCCUUUGUCCACUCUCUUCUUACCUUUGUGCCUUGACUGUGGUUCUUUGUGGCAAGAUAAUUUGGUUGGUCAAAAUAUGGAACAAAGGAUCCACUGACGUGA